UGUCAUUACUACGUUUAAUAAAAAUGAAGAAAACAUGGAUAUAAAACUUCAAACGCUUUCUGACAAACUUACAAAGAAGGAACGUAUGCUAAAACAAUCGCAGUAUAAGAUUAAAAGCGUAGAAAAUGCGUUGAACGAUAUAGAAAGUAAAACCUCAACUUGUCGAAAUCGUUACAAAUCUUUAAUAAGCGAUCUUAAAUUAGAUGUCCAUAAAACCGAAGAAGAGGUGAAAUCUUUGCAAAGUCAGGUUUCCAAUUUGUCUCUUCGACGAGAGGAAUUAAAGAAAGAGGCUGUUAAGCAGCAAGAGGAGUACGAAACAAUGCUCGUACACUUCACCAAAGAUCUGGAAAACAAAGGAUCAGGAUGCGGUACAUCGACAUAAAUCUUUUUAAAAUGAAUUUUAAUAUUCGUUUCUUAUCUAUAUAAUUUAUUUUUUUUUAUAUAGUUUCCGGCUACGAGAAAUCCUUAUUUUCUUUAAAUAAAACUUCAGUGCAUUUUCGAUUACGAAAUACGUAGGAAAAUAUUUCCAGAUAAAAUACUAUUGGUUUCUGGACUUCAUUUUUGAUGUCUCUUUUCUGUAAUCAAAUUAUUUCUAAUAUCGAUAAUGAUCAAUAAUUAUUAAAUAUUGAGAUCUUUUAUUUUUCUAUUAACUCUGUAUAUACAUUUGGAAUAAUUAUUUUUAUACGGUUCGAUUACAAUGAAAUAUUGCAACGCAAAAGAAAUGCUAUUUAUAUAAUUAUCGAGAUUAUAAUUUAUGUGCUUAAGAAAUAAUCGAGUAAUGGAACGAAUUCCAUUCGAAUUCAUUUUGAGGUGAACACGUAAUACUCAACGAUUUUUAAUUAUAAAUAUUAUUUUCGCUGUAUCGUAAAAUUUAUAAAUGCGUUAACAACGAAUUAAACAAAUUAACAUUUAACAAACAAUUAACAAUUGACUGGUCAAUUUUAUAUAAUAUUGAUUACACGUUUUGUACAUUGGGGUAGAAAUUAUGCGGAACGACAUAUUAAGGCACUUUCUCGUUUUUUUCGAUAUUUUGCCAAUUAUUAUUUUUUCUUCUUCCUAAUUUUUCCUUUUAAUGUGUCAGUGUUUUACGCAUAAUUUUCAAAUCAUUUAUUCAAUUAAUGUCUCUAAUAAUAAUAAUAAUAAU